AUGUCUGAAGACCGCAGUGUUAAGCCGGGAUCUAGUGGGUUUCUCAAGAGAUCUUUCCGCAAACUCUGGGGCGGUAGCAGUGCUGGUACUGCCAAUCCCUCUAAUAGUUCACCGCCAUCCAACUACACCGAUCAAGUUGACAAUGUUGUCCCUGGAAAAUCUCUUUCCGCUGGACCCUCUCAAGCCGAUGCUAGGCUUGAGACUGAGACUGCAGCGGACAGUAGAAAGUGGUACGAUCAAAGGAAGGAGUGUGCGAGACUAGUAACAUCAGUAUCAGGCCUAUUAAGCUUAAGUCGAAUCCCCUGUUCUGAUGUCCCUGAACAUGGUCAACUUCUGCAAAUGUAUUCCAGGUUUACGCGGACUAGUCCUGGAAAACCUGAAGCUGACGAGUUAUUCGACGAGAUACGCUCAACGGUUGUGGCGAUCAAGCGUCGAUACACUGUGACACAACUUCCACCACCAGAAAAUGAUGACGAUUCUGGUGUUGAGCCGUGA